CAGAUGGCUAGACCUAGCUUCAACACAUCAGCAAGUGUACCAUUGACAGUCUGAUUAUGAGGUCAUCUUCCAAUGCCCAAGUGUCAAAAUGCCCAAUAAAAAAGAGGAUGGAGUGCAACUGAAAGUCUUGUUUGAAGGAGAUGGAGGAGUGGGCAAAACCUGCCUCUGUAUCUCUCUUUACCGAGGCUACUUUCCUCGUAGUUACAUCCCUACAAAUUUUGACCGCUGGCCAUUUGAAACUGUGAUUGCUGGGAAGACUUUCAACCCUGUGCUUGUGGACGAAUCAGCAGGGGGAGAAGAUAUAGAUCGUCUGCGGCCUCUGAGCUAUCCAGGAACCGACCUCUUUCUGAUGUGUUUCUCAGUGGAGUGCCGGUCUUCCUUUGAACACGUUGAAUCAAGAUGGCUGCCAGAGAUCCGUCACCACAUGCCCACAACUCCCAUCCUUCUUGUGGCCACAAAGAUAGACCUUCGUGGAAGUCCUCAGUACAGUUGUGUGACGUUUGAUGAAGGCUUCAAAUUGGCACAGAAACACAAUUGGCCAUACAUAGAGACGAGUGCACUCCUUCACAGCAGUGAGAGAAGUUGGUCGAGCAGGCCACGUUCUACUCCUUCAUUUGGUCCUAUCCUCUGAACCACGAGGAAGUGGAUGUUUUCCACCUUUAUUUCUCUGUUCAGAGCAGGACUUCCCUGGCGAAUGUUGAAACGAGAUGGGUUCCAGAGA